AAACUUUUUUUGUAACAGAAGCACAAGUAACUCAGAAAAUUUGGAUAUUAUUUCACUUUGAUGCGUAGUUGAUUGAUUGAUUUGAGUUAUCAGAUCCCACCUUCAUUUGUUCAUGUCUUUAAAAGGGGGAUCAGCUACCAAGAGGAGCAGAUUGGAGAAUGGAGCACCAACAAUACAAGUUGUUGACGAUUUCAAUACACAGCUCUCUAGCAACAAAGUCAGGAAAGUGGUUAAAUCAGAGAAAAAUCCAUGAGUCGAUGGCUAACUUAGAGGUUUUUAUCAGCAAAAUAUAACAUUUUCUGCUCAUUUGUGACAUAAGUCAUUUUUUAUUAACAAAAAGAAGAAAUUUUCCACAAUUCAGUUGCUAAGAUUCAAAGUGUGCUGCCUCCAACUAAGACUCUUCUAACUUCGUGGAAAAAUGAAGAAUGAGCACAGAUCCCUAAAGUGGAACGAGAAAGAAGGCAUUUAUGAUUACUGGAAUAAACAGGAAAUUCAGUAGCAGGAAGAGGCCCGAUUCUGUUUGAGAAACCUGGAUGCCUCAAGGUCGUAAGUUUGAUAUUAUCGAUGUACUCCCAACUUCUGUUUUCAUUUCCUCUUCGUUUGAUAACACUAUAUGUGUUUGAACUGGGAAAAAGCUACCUAGAUGCUAAAAAUUUGAAUCAGCAAUUAAAUGGUUGAUCUCAUUGGUACUCUAACAUCCAUUAUUAUGGUAAUUAGAAGUAAUAUAUUUCUUCUAACUGAAUCUUUAUAAACAUAUGUUUUGAUGCACGGGCAUUUGGACAAUUUUUUAAGCUAAUAAAUGAUGGGUGCCUUUUCCAUGUUGAUUUUGGUUCCAAUUUAGGUUAAGAUCCUAAGCCAUUUCCACCGUCGAUGAAACUUUGCAAAGAAAUGGUUGAAGCAAUGGAUGGAACAAAAAAGAAUCUACAAGAAAGUGGUCUAUUUUUGCGUUGAAGUGACCUGUCUCAAGAUACACUCUAAGUUUUAUCACAGUUCUUCCAGAUUUGUUCGAACCCUAUUGUUCUGAAGCAUACAACAUUCUACGAAUAUCAAGCAAUCUCAUACCAAUGAUCAGGAGAAGGGCAUUUUUAAGCUUCAAGAGAAGUUCCGGUUAGACUUGAAAGAUGAGGAGUGCAUUCAUUUCUUUCAGGAUCUUAUCAAUGAAAGUCUCAGUGCAUUAUUUCCACAAAUGUUUGAGACCAUUGAUCAUUGAUUAUUGUUCCCAGUACUGGCAUUGAGUUAUGGGUAGAAGUUCUUUUAGUUCAAAGAGCAUCCUAGCAAUCAGAGCUUUUGUAUAUGAAGGAUUUCUUAUGGAUGAAGAAUGCAAUCAUUGAUAUCUAUCGUGAAAUUGGAGCUCAAGAGAUCGGCUGUUGCAGAUAAUGAGUCUGGAAAAAGUAAGCAUAGUGAGUUUAGGAUGUUCAUUUCCAAAGCUAAGGAUCCUAUUGUCUCCGGGAUAGAGGAUAAGAUUGCAACUUGGACCUUUCUACGCAAAGGUGCGGCGUCCCCUAAACGUGAAACCACGGAAAGGAAUGCUCUGCUUUUCUAUAGUCUCCAUCCAAAUCUCCUGAUCCUAAUAGUCUCCAUGGUGGGUGCCCUGUCAGUCAAGGUGAGAAAUGGUCAGCAACAAAGUGGAUUCAUGUGGAUUCCUUUGACAAAAUUGUGGGUUCCGAAGGAAAUUGCACCGAUGCUGAUGAGAAUUGUGAGAGAUGGGCUGCUCUGGGGGAAUGCACCAAGAAUCCAGAGUAUAUGCUGGGAAGUGCAGGCCUUACAGGAUGUUGCCGGAAGAGCUGCAAAGUGUGUUAACUCAUUAUGCUUCUCUCUCCCACUAAAUCUGCUUAGAGACAGUUCUAGUACUUUGAUUUAGUUGUUUGUAUUGUAUCUUGUAUUAGUUCCUUAUGUUUUUGGUGUAAAGAAAAUAGUAUAGUUGAUGAAUUACAGUUAGUGGAUUUCAUAGGACUUUUGUAAUUAAUAUCACUCUGUAGCUCUCUUUUUGGAGGUGGCCAGCAUAUCCCUUAAUGCUGAGGAAUACAAUGUUUACCAGUUUCAAGAAAAAAAAUUGCAUCUUCCAAG